CUGUGUACAUAGUUGUGAUGCUGCACACUCUGGUGAAUUCAUCUGGGUCUAAACUGUGGAGCAUCCUUUUUUUUACUUUCAAGGAUUUUAGCAAAUACAAUAUCAAUAACAGAACUUGCAUUUUUUUACUAACUAAUUUCAAUCAUGUUUAUAUCUCGCUUACUGAGCAUAACAGUGUCUUGGUUGUUAACAGUUAAUAUAUAAAACUGAAAGUGUACUGUAAUCCUAACUCGGCAAUUGAGUUUCAUCAACAUAGAAACAACAUUUAAGCUUUAUUAAAGUCAAAAUUUUAUCUUAUUUGAACGUCUGCAAGCAAAUUAAAUAAAAAUUUUAUUUAAUUUAGUUCAAUCUAAGAACCAUAUUACUGAAUAAAAUACACAGUAAGCAAUGCCACAAAUCAAUUCAGUAAACAUUAAAGUGGAAGGGAAUUUAAAGCCUUCAGUUCAUCAGACUUUCAUGUGCCAGGAGGAAAGUGGAGCCACAAAAAACCUGUAACUAAGACCAAACUCUGAAUACAAGUCUUUUUUAGUAGGCAUUUUCCUGCAGGGCUCACUCAUCUUCACAGGUUUGUUAUUUUCCCUUGUUUGUUUCGGUACCAGCUGGAGCUUUAUGUGAAAGGAAACACCCGCUGGCCUUCAAGGUCCUUAGUGAGAUCAGACAUCCUCUUUACUUUAAUUAUCUGGAUUGACCUCUGUGUGGACGGAUAUCUCUUAAACACGAGCUGAACUGGCUGCCACUGAGGAUACACGACUGUGUCUUUGUACGUCUUCCUAACAUGAAAAAGCAAGUGACAUUUGCAGGCGGACGAACUCAGACGGUCCGCAGACUCCAUCAGGAUGAUGCUCUGCCAAGGAGUACAGGAAUGAGUGAGUCAAAAAUGGCAUUAAAAGAUGCCAGUGUAAACUUCAGCAAUGGUUUGAAAAUCAACAGAGCACCAGCUGCAAGAGGUGAACCACAUCUCCAACACGUAACCACCAUACAGAUCCCCAAAACCAUGACCACAGCCCCAUUUCUGAAGCAUGCAGCACUAACACCCGCUCAGAAGGACUAUCUGUACACCAUUGCGGCUUCCUACAGUACUGCACAUGUGCGUAACCUCAUCACCCAACACUACAUGAAUGUGCUGCACAGGUGUAUACGAGCAGACCCCAACCCUGAAAGAGACGACCUUGUUGUGACUUCUGUUACUGAUGAGAGUGAUAAACGUCGAUCAGAAGCUCCUUCUAAGGAAAACCCCAAUGAUAAGAUAAUCAAUAGAGCAAAGAAUCCUGGAAAAUCCUUUCUUCCAAAAAUCCCAAACAGACGUACCAGGCUUUCCAAAUCAUCAGAACAAAGAAAUAUGCAGAAAAGUGCAACAUCACCCACAGUGAGAAGAAAAAAUCCAAUAAGAGCCAGGAUCAAGCUGUUGGAGGAGGAGCAGGAGGAGGAGGAAGGACUGGACGACUCUCUGAGUGAAUGUUUGAGUUUACUGUCUUUGGGAGAAUGGGAUGAUGACAUUAUCUCAGAUUUAUGACACAACAUUUUGUGUCCAUAUAACCUGAUAAUAAUUAUGAGUGGGAUUCUUCCCCCCACUUUCAUAGUAAGAUCAACAAACCUCUUGGAUCACAAUUUGUGAAACUGUGGAGCUUUUACAAGUGAAAUAAAGAAAACAGAGUUAAUAUCUUAUGAGCAGCAGCAGCUCAGUUUGCAGUGUUUUGUUAUUAAAGCUGGAACAGGUCAUCUUGUAGUUUAGUGCCCCCCAAUGGCAGCAAGAAAAA